UUGAGUACUUUAUCUAUCGAGCAGACGAGCUACUGUCGCACGACCGAGCAUUAAUCUGAAGACAAUCCCCAUAGUCCUUAAUUGAAAAAUCUGCUUGCUUCUCAUUCUAUAACCUUCGUUCAUUAUUGGAACAUUUAUCUAGAAAUUCCUGGUCAUCCGGAACAAUGGCUGGUGAAGAUCCGACGGAAAAGGCGAAACAGUCGCUCAUGCAACGAGCCAAGGCAUGGGGAGAGAAUCCGUUCCCUCCCACUCUCCUGGCGUCUCUCAUCACAGCGCAGCACAUGCGUCCGUUCCAAUUCCUGCCUAUGCUAUUCCCUCCGGUCCUUCUAUUCACAAGUUAUGCGAAUAUCCAGGGCUUUAAGACAGACAGCGCGGGGAUCAGCGCCGCCUGGUCGGGCCUCUAUCUUCUGCUUGCAGGUCGGCGGCGACAGCCGUUGAUGAAGAAAUGGGGCGCGCGGGGAAUUGUUCGUGGCACGACCAUGGGUCUUUGCCUGCUCAAUAUGGUGGGUGGUGGAUUGGCUUAUACCCUGGGGAAGAGAGAAGAUCGCGAUGAGUGAAAAGACGAUUGCACCGUGACGUUGUAUUUCUAUUUGAUGCUAGGUAUAUGGUGUGGAGUAGGGUGUUCCGGUUGGAUCGUUUGUCUCAGUAUAUAUGCUUCGGGGUGAUCGGUUCAUGUAUAAUACGCGAAAUAGGUGGUAAAAGUCAUUACGCUACGAUAGCGCCGUCUGAAUCUACUCCAAAGUAUUC